AUGAUCACUUCCCCUCCUUCGUCUGCUGGUCCUGUAUCGCCUCACGAAGGACAGCCUAUCUCCUCAGUAGUGUCUUCCAGAAAAGCUGGGCGAGUGUUUGACCUUGCAAGAGGUGUCGAAUUGUUCAAACGUGGAUCAGAGGAAGUUUUGGCUAGGUUUCUAAAAAUGAGCUCAUGGGAGGAAGAGUCCUCUCCUCAGUGGCGAUUCGGUGCUGUCAUCGUAGUAGUAUCUCAUUUCUGA